UAGCGAGUAAGUGUGUGUUUGGUACUGGGUGAAAGGGAAUUACUUUUUGUUGUCUCAUACUCCAUAGAAAAAAUAAAUUUCAGUCUUUCUUUUGGGACAUUAGUGUAGGCUUUGAUAGAGAGGAACUAGAGGACUAGUCUGGUGACUUGGUUAUCCUGAGUAGAAGGCUCUGCAGUAAGAAGAGAUAAAGUAAGUAGAGGAUGUUGGGGAAGUUACCUGGUUAGAGAGAUGAGAUACGUGGGGUCCGAUAAGGAAAGUGUGGAGGGCUUUGGUGCUCAUGAUUAGACCUUGACUCUGAUAAUGACUAAAAGACAUUGCAGGUUGGAGAUGGGGUGGGGAGGAGAGUAGGGAAUGGGCUGGAGGGUGUGUGAAGUGAUGUGGCUAGAACAGUGUUUGACAAUGCUGGUUUUAAGGGUGUCAUUUAAAGUGUUAACUUGGUACUAGUGGUUAAAAACUGGGAAAUAAGUGAUUAUGAAUUCAUUGCAACCAAGAAAGGAAGAUUAAAUGAGAGGACAUUUAUUCCUCUUUUCCCACAUGUCUUUAUUGCACACUCAGCUUGUCAAAGGCAUUGUACUUGGGACUCUGGAAAAGAGACAGACACAGUGGAAUUUAUCAGAAGCAGGCUUUUUAAAAGGAAAGAAUUCUUUAUGUAAUUUAUUAAAUCUAUUAAAGUCUUGUAUAAUUGAAGUACUUUAAAAGUAUUUAUUAAUUUUCCCAUUACAGCAUAUUUCAGGUGACAAAUUUUUAUUUUUUAUUCCAGUUAGAAAUUGAAAGAAAAAUGACUAAGAUAGUAAAUAUGACCUCUAGAAUUUUGAGCAUAUCGUAAAGUGAUCAAAAUGAGUUUUUAUUAUCUGUCACUGCACAAGAAUAAACUAAAGGGCAUGAAAAUCAUAAUGAUUCUCUCUUUUAUCCAUCUUGAUACAAUUACCUGAAAGUCAAAAUGUGUGGAAGGAGGUUUAGUGAUUUUUAGAUUGUUCCCUAAUUAGCUCAAAGACUUUAUUUGAACUUUGUUCUUUUUAUGGUAUAACUGUUUACUGUCCUCCUCGAAAGAUAAGUACUUUAGCUGUGAAUUUUGUCAUGAAAACAUUAAGCACAUCUGAUAGCCACAAGGCAGGAAACUGACCUAGCGUGGGUUUCCCAUCCACUCUGCAGGGAAGAGGCAGCACAGCAGUGGAUUUGCUUCUGUAAGUGCUGCAGUUUUAAGGUCAUGGAAAACAAAUGACCCCGUGGACACAGACAGAGCCCGGAGAGUUCAUACGCCCUUAGCAGUGUUGCAGUCAGGCCCGAGCCUUGGGCCACCAUCCCCUCCUUCUGGAGUCACCCUAGCUCUCCCAUCAGGUGGCAGCGUCAGCAGGGGUGAGGAGGAAAAGGUGUAGCCAGGUGAGGGGACUUUGUGGUCAGAAGGUCAGGUUUCAUGAGCCAGCUCCAUGACUAGCUCAAUGCAUGACCAUAACCUCGCAAGCCUUAGAUUCUCACCUGUAAAAUGAGCACAGUGGGAAAGCACCACAUAGGCUAUAGUGGAAUCUAUUUAUAUCCUUUUAUAGCACUUGCUGUGUGCCAGGCACUGUUGUAAUCACUUUAUAAAUGUGAACUCAUUUCAUUCUCCAUAUCACCCUACAAGGUAGUUACUAUAAUUAUUCCCAUUAUACUGACAAGGAAACAGAGGCAGAGAGAGAUCAGGUAACUUGCUCAAAUCCCAAAACUAGUAAGAGGUGGAGCUGGGAGUCAGUCUUGCUAAGUUGUAAUUACUUAAUUUCUAUAAUAAGAACAUAAGGAAGAAUCUAUAUAGCAGACAAUAGGCAGAGGUUUCCUCUUUGUGAUUAUUUAAGGACCCAAGACGCUGUGGUUGGUGACAGAGGCACCUGGCUAUAGAUGCCUCCACCAUAGGGCCGGCGGGAGCAGCUUUCAAGGCUGACUUCCUGCGUGUGGUCAGCAGAUGGGCUCUGAUGGUGGGGACCCAGCGAGGCCUGAUCCUAAAGAGAAAUAAGCCUUUCUAAGAACCCAGAGAAUGUAUGGGCUUGUGUUCUACAAAUCAAACCAGCAAACAGAUAGCAUGUAAAAGACUAACUGGCGUGUAGGUAGAGCAGGCCCAACAGGAAGAAACCCUCCUCUGCUCUGCCCCAGAUGCUGUCCCACCUCAUGCUCCUCACACUGGCUUUUCGCUGGUAAAGACUGAACAAAGGCAACAGCUAGAAUUUCAUUCUUUGGGCAAGAGCACGACCCCCAGUAAAAUGUAUACCCCAGGACAUGAUUUGUACAUUUUUUCAUUUAGUGCAAAAUUAGCUAACAGAAGCUUCAAGUCAGGUCUAGAACCAGGAAGUAGUUUUAGACCAGGGAGAUGGCUUCAGGGUGCCGUGCUAGGAAUGUUUGCUUAUUGAUUAAUAUGCCCGUACUGGCAUCAUGCCGAAGAUUAGAAGCCCUCAGCAGACAGUCAUACCCACAGGCUGACCUUUGGAAUGAUGACUGUGAUCCCAGCCUGCACUGUCUCCCAGCCCCGGGGCAGUCAGUGUAAAGGUUGCAAGUUCAGUCUUAACAGCUGUGCCUUCCCGGGAUAAGAAGAACGCAGAACAGGGCAUUUGCUAACUGGGGACUGAAGGCAAGAACGCUGGGCAGUUUUUACAAACAGGGAGCAAGCAGUGUCUCAGAAGGUGAGUUCCUCUGUGCCUCAGGGGGCCAAGGCCACCUGCCCACUGCUGAUUACUCAGCCACACCCAAGAUCCUGCCACUACUCCGGGUUUCUGGCUCCGCCUGCGUCACUGUUGAGAUGACUUACUGGUCGCAGUAAAAGCAAGUUGAUAAAGGUGGCCAGUUGGGGAACAGAGCUUGUCUGCCCACUGAGAAAGCCGGUAGCUCCCGACUGUGCACAGAGAGCCCUGAUUUGGAACACCAGGAAACCUUAAAAAGGCUUAUUCCAUUAGAAGCAAGAUGGCUGAACUCAAUACUCAUGUGAAUGUCAAGGAAAAGAUCUAUGCAGUCAGAUCAGUUGUUCCCAACAAAAGCAAUAAUGAAAUAGUUCUGGUGCUUCAACAGUUUGAUUUUAAUGUGGAUAAAGCCGUGCAGGCCUUCGUGGAUGGCAGUGCAAUUCAAGUUCUAAAAGAAUGGAAUAUGACCGGAAAAAAGAAGAACAAUAAAAGAAAAAGAAGCAAGUCUAAGCAGCACCAAGGCAACAAAGAUGCUAAAGACAAGGCAGAGAGGCCUGAAGCGGGGCCCCUACAGCCGCAAGCGCCACAGAUACAGAACGGCCACGUGAAUGGCUGCGAGAAGGACAGCUCGUCCACUGACUCUGCCAACGAAAAACCAGCCCCGAUCCCUCGGGAGAAAAAGAUCUCAAUACUCGAGGAGCCCUCAAAGGCACUUCGCGGGGUCACAGAAGGCAACAGACUACUGCAACAGAAACUGUCCUUAGAUGGGAACCCCAAACCUAUACAUGGAACAACAGAGAGGUCAGAUGGCCUACAGUGGUCAGCUGAGCAGCCUUGUAACCCAAGCAAGCCUAAGGCAAAAACAUCUCCUGUUAAGUCCAAUGCCCCUGCAGCUCAUCUUGAAAUAAAGCCAGAUGAGUUGGCAAAGAAAAGAGGCCCAAAUAUUGAGAAAUCAGUGAAGGAUUUGCAACGCUGCACUGUUUCUCUAACUAGAUAUCGCGUCAUGAUCAAGGAAGAAGUGGAUAGUUCCGUGAAGAAGAUCAAAGCUGCCUUUGCUGAAUUACACAACUGCAUCAUUGACAAAGAAGUUUCAUUAAUGGCAGAAAUGGAUAAAGUUAAAGAAGAAGCCAUGGAAAUCCUGACUGCUCGUCAGAAGAAAGCAGAAGAACUAAAGAGACUUACUGAUCUAGCCAGUCAGAUGGCAGAGAUGCAGCUGGCCGAACUCAGGGCAGAAAUUAAGCACUUUGUCAGCGAGCGUAAAUAUGACGAAGAGCUCGGGAAGGCUGCCCGAUUCUCCUGCGACAUCGAACAGCUGAAGGCCCAAAUCAUGCUCUGCGGAGAAAUUACACAUCCAAAGAACAGCUAUUCUUCAAGAACUCCCUGCAGCUCCCUGCUGCCUCUGCUGAACGCUCACGCGGCAACCUCUGGGAAACAGAGUAACUUUACCAGAAAAUCAUCCAAUCACAACAGGCCCUCCGAGGGCAAAGCAGCAAACCCCAAAAUGGUGAGCAGCCUUCCCAGCACUGCUGACCCCUCUCACCAGGCCGUGCCGGCCACCAAGCAGAAUGGGUCUUCUAGCCAAAGACGAAGAUUUAAUCCACAGUAUCACAACAGGCUGAAUGGGCCUGCCAAGUCCCAGGGCAGCGGCAACGAGGCUGAUCCGAUGGGGAAGGGCAGCAGCCGCCACGAACACAGAAGACAGCCGCACAAUGGCUUCCGUCCCAAAAACAAAGGCGGCACCAAAAAUCAAGAGGCCCCCUUGGGGACAAAGACCCCUGAGGCCCCGGCCCACUCUGAAAAGCCCCGGAGAAGGCAGCACCCGGCAGACGCCUCCGAGGCCAGGCCCUUCCGGGGUAACGUUGGGAGGGUGUCACAGUGCAACCUCUGCCCCACGAGAAUAGAAGUUUCGACAGAUGCCACGGUUCUCUCAGUGCCGGCUGUGACGUUGGUGGCCUGAGCUAGGAGAGAAAAGAGCAGUUUUCACUCAUUUUGGUUCCCUGCCCGAGGUGCUGACCCGAUUCGCUGCCAAAAGAGAGUCAAUCAGAAUAUACGAAUCCUGUAUGGUUGUGUCAUCCUCUCUUUAAUCGUUUUUACUAAUUCUAAUAAUCAGCUCUAGCUUGCUUCAUAACUUUCAUGGCUUUGCUUGAUCUGUUGACGCUUUCUCUCAUCACGACUUUGCAGCAUUUUAGCCAGGCAGUAUUUACUCAUGUGUUAGGAAAAUCAAGAUGUGGCUGAAGAUCAGAGGCUCCGUUAGCAACCUAUGUCGUAGCGGUGAUGUCAGUCCGUUGAUUGUCUUUAGAGAGUUAAUGUUAAAAAAGAAAAAAAAAAAGAAUUCUUAAUGAUCAGACAAACGUGAUCUGCUGAGGACACAUGCGCUUUUGUAGAAUUUAACAUCUGGUGUUUUUCUGAAAAAUAUAUAUAUACAUAUAUUGCUUUAUUUGAAACAAAUUAAAAUAUGCUGCAUUUGA